AUGAGAUUUAAUAGGACUAUCCGAUUCGUUUACCCUUUUGAUCAAAGUUUCAACCUUUGUUUCAGGGUGGAAAUGGAAGUCUCUGUGUUGAAAUCUCUCGUCGACAGCAUCUCUUCGUUUCUAAAUCUGUCGUCUUCAAAACAUAUCGAUUUAGACCCGUUUGAGAAGUACUACAAGAGAGUCGAGGAAUUGUUGAGAGUGUUGAAACCAAUAGCAGAUGCCGUCUUCAACUCCUCCGAUCUUGUUUCGGAUGAGAAACUCGGUAAAGCGUUUGAAGAAUUGACUCAAGAUGUUGAUCAAUCGAGAGAUCUCUUCAGAAGCUGGCAAGCAUUCUCCAGCAAAGUCUACUUUGUACUCCAAAUUGAAUCUUUGAUACCAAAGAUGCGAGACACUAUUGUGGAUACUUUGGAGUUUCUGAUGUCUUGUAAUAACGACCUACCUGAUGAACUGAGUCCAGCUUCCCUUGAGCAAUGCCUUGUGAAGGUUAAGCAUCUUAGUUAUGAAGAGAUAUCUUCUGUGAUCGAUGGUGCUCUAAGGGAUCAGAGAGACGGUGCUGGACCAAGCUCGGAGAUCUUGGUGAAAAUAGGAGAGAACACUGGUCUGAGAUCGAACCAGGAGAUUCUAAUCGAAGCUGUUGCUCUAGAGAGGCAGAAAGAGAUCGCUGAGCAGUCGGAGAACAACUCGGAGGUGGAGUUCCUCGACCAGCUUAUCGUCAUCGUGAACCGAAUGCACGAACGUCUUCUCCUGAUCAAACAGACUCAGACGUCAAGCGUCGCCAUCCUCGCAGACUUCUUCUGUCCUCUGUCUCUCGAAGUGAUGACUGAUCCAGUGAUUGUGUCUUCAGGACAAACCUACGAGAAGGCCUUCAUCAAGAGAUGGAUCGAUUUGGGUUUGAAAGUUUGUCCCAAGACUAGGCAGACUCUGACUCACACCACUCUGAUACCUAACUACACCGUCAAGGCCUUGAUCGCUAACUGGUGCGAGACGAACGACGUCAAGCUCCCUGAUCCGAACAAAUCGUCGAGCUUAAACGAGCUUUCUCCUCUCUUGUCAUGUACAAACUCUGUUCCUGAUGUUGUUGUUAGAGUUAACAAUAAGUCAAAUGAUUGGGAUGCUUCUGCAAGCAGAGCAAUGGAAAGAGAAGGCUCUUCUCCUUCUCCUUCUCCUUCUUCACCAGAUAGAUCGAACGAUUCUCGAGAAACGAAGACUGAUGCGCCGAGUAGGUCCUCUGUAUCGGUGGAGAACGGACAAGCGUCGGAGAACCACAACCACCACCAUCAUCAGAGAUCACCUUCUGCUGCUAGCUCUGCUUCGAACGAGGAGUUUCCGAGAGGAGCAGACGGUAACGAGAACUCUGAAGAAUCAGCUCACGCUACACCUUACAGCAGUGACGCCUCGGGAGAAAUCAGAUCAGGUCCUCUCGCUUCCGCAGCAACUUCAGCUAAUGCAGCAGCUACACGGCGAGACUUAUCCGACUUCUCUCCGAAAUUCAUGGACAGACGAAACCGUGGCCAGUUCUGGCGGCGUCCUUCGGAGAGGCUCGGUUCAAGAAUCGUCUCAGCGCCUUCGAACGAGCCGCGGCGUGAUCUCUCCGAGGUCGAGAACCAAGUCAAGAAGUUGGUUGAAGAGUUGAAAAGCAGUUCGUUGGAUGUUCAGAGACAAGCGACAUCAGAGAUAAGGUUGUUAGCUAAACACAACAUGGAUAACAGAAUAGUGAUCGGAAACUCCGGCGCGAUCGUCUUGUUAGUCGAACUGCUUCACUCUAACGACUCAGCCACGGUGGAGAACGCCGUUACCGCGCUUCUCAACUUGUCCAUCAACGACAACAACAAGAAAGCGAUAGCCGACGCAGGAGCCAUCGAGCCGCUCAUCCACGUGCUCGAAAACGGUAGCUCUGAAGCUAAAGAGAACUCUGCCGCUACGCUCUUUAGCCUCUCUGUGAUAGAAGAGAACAAGAUCAAGAUAGGCCAGUCUGGCGCGAUAGGGCCUCUCGUUGAUCUGUUAGGUAACGGUACGCCUCGUGGCAAGAAAGACGCUGCGACGGCGUUGUUUAACCUCUCGAUACAUCAGGAGAACAAGGCGACGAUCGUGCAGUCAGGUGCUGUGAGGUACCUUAUUGACCUUAUGGAUCCUGCGGCUGGGAUGGUGGAUAAAGCGGUUGCGGUUCUGGCGAAUCUUGCUACGAUCUCUGAAGGAAGAAACGCGAUUGGGCAAGAAGGUGGGAUCGCUCUUCUUGUUGAGGUUGUUGAGUUGGGUUCGGCGAGAGGGAAAGAAAACGCUGCGGCGGCUCUGCUUCAGCUUUCGACCAACAGUGGUCGGUUCUGCAAUAUGGUUCUCCAAGAAGGAGCUGUUCCUCCUCUUGUCGCUCUUUCGCAGUCUGGUACUCCCAGAGCCAGAGAAAAGGCACAGGCAUUGCUAAGUUACUUUAGGAACCAAAGGCAUGGAAACAAUGGACGUGGCUGA